CUCAUGCGCACAAGCGCAUAGCUCCUCCGCUUAGCGUCAGUGUCAUGACAACAGGACGAUGGCUCCAAGAGGGUGAGAGAUGUGAUGUUUGUGUGAACGAAGUGGAACGAGGAAAAGCGGUUCUUUAACGUCACCAUGUCCCUGUUCAAAGCCCGUGACUGGUGGUCAGCGACUCUUGGCGAGGGGGAAGAGUUCGAUCAGGGGUGCCUGUGUGUGGGUGAUGUGGACAACAGUGGCACAGGUUAUGACAAGGUGGUGGUGGGCAGCUACAUGGGGAUGCUGCGGAUCUUCUUUCCACACGCCAAUAAGUCGAGUGAAGGAGGCCCGGCUGACGCGCAGCUGCUGGAAGUCCAGCUUCAGAAUGCCAUCAUCCAGGUGGAAGUGGGCAAGUUUCUCUCAUGCUCAGAUCUUCUUCACUUGGCUGUUCUUCACCCCAGAAAACUGUCAGUUUACUGUAUAUCAGGAACCGCAGGACACAUCUAUCAUGGGGAUCAGUACCAGCUCAAGCUGGUUUAUGAGCACAACUUGCAGAGGACGGCCUGCAAUAUGACCUUUGGCACAUUUGGAGGAGUUACAGAUCACCACUACCUGUGCAUCCAGUCCAUGGACGGGAUGCUGAUGUUCUUCGAACAGGACAGCUACACCUUUGGCCGCUUCCUCCCUGGUUUUCUGCUGCCUGGUCCAUUGGCCUACAACCCCAGAACAGACAGCUUCCUCACCGUGAGCUCAGCUCGGCAGCUGGAGAGCUACAAGUACGAAACUCUAACAGUUGCUUCAGAUGCAGAGAGUCGUCAGGAUGCCAACUUGCCCCUCAAAAGUGGAGGCAAAAGGCUGAUGCCUGACUGGACAUUUGUCCUGGGAGAACAGGCGCUGGACAUCUGCGUUCCCUCCUUCUCCCACUCCUCUGCCUCCGUCCUCGUGCUGGGUGAGAGAAACCUUUUCUGCUUCGAUGACAACGGACAUAUCCGAUUCAUGAAGAAGCUGGAAUUCAACCCAAGCUGUUUCCUGCCCUAUGCCUCAGUGACAGACGGCACUAUAAAUCUGCUGCUUGGUAACCACAACAACAUGCUACAGGUUUACCAGAAUGUGACCCUGAAGUGGGCAGCCCAGCUCUCCUUUGUGCCUGUGGCUGUUCGUGUUGCCAACUUCCCGGAGCUGAAAGGAGUUGUGGUCAGUUUGAGCUCAGACGGUCAUCUCUUCUGCUCCUACAUGGGAACAGACCCCUCCUUCUUUACUACCCCUAAAGUAGAUGCCAGGGAGGCUGACUAUGAGCAGGUGGAAGCUGAGAUGAAGAAACUGCAAAGAUGCAUAAGAGAACUUACCAGGACUCAAGACAUUCUGCCAAAAACAGACACAGGGGAAGACCUGUUAGUCAAUGCUACCGUGUCUUCACGCAUGGACAAGCCAUCACGAGCUCUUAUCCUGGAUAUUGAUGGUUUGCCUGUACCUUCAGUAACCGUGCAGGUGCAUUUGAAAGCAAAUUCCGUCCUCCAAUCCUCCAAGCUGUUCGUUUGUGUCCAGCCUCCUCUGGCUGUCACUCAAGAUCAGUUUGUCCUGGAGCCAAUGGGUGUCGGUUCAAAAAAAGUUGUGGAGUUCUCAGCUUACCUCAAUGGCCGGUACCCCCCUGCUGACCUGACGGGAGAUAUCACCAUUUCCUACAGCUCACCAACAGAGCUUAAUCCUACAGGGUGCCCCAGGGUUCUUCAGUCCAGGUUCGUUCUUCCUCUGGCCUUGGUGUGUGUACCUACAUCUCCAGCCAAAAGCACCAAGUUCAAGAUCACUGUGGACACCAAUCAGCCACCAGUUGACCUCAGCUCCAUUUUUCAGGAGUUUUCAGCAAAAGCUGAAGAUAAGGAUGGGACCUGUUUGGCCUUCCAGUUUCUGUCAGGAGCCAAAGUCACCAUGCUGGCCUCCAAGACCUCCCAGCGUUACCGAGUUCAAAGUGACAGCUUCGAGGACAUGUGGUUGGUGGUGAAAGAACUGGUCCAGAGGUUUGAUCAGCACUUCUCCAAACUGGGAAUCAAAGACUUCAAGAAAAGCUUCAGUGGUACUCUGCCACUUCAGGACUACUUCUUGUCUGUGGACCGUCAUUUUCAGCUACGUGUCAAUUCUCAGCGAUAUCAAGAUCUGCUCUCAGAUCAGGCAGCCCAAUUCAGAGCCAUUCAGCGUCGCCUGCUUGCUCGAUUCAAAGACAAAACGCCGGCACCGCUGCAGAACCUGGACACCCUGCUGGAUGCCACUUACAACCAGAUGAUGGCGCUGGCAGACGCGGCAGCAGAGAACCAGGUUCUGCUGGUGGAGGCUUUUGUCCGCGUGCGGAGCGCCACACACCUGCUGGUGCUGUUGCUGUCGCUGUGGCAGGGCCUGACCCCCGAUCAGACGGCCAUCUUGGAAGCCACCCUGCUGCCAGUGCUGCAGGACACCCCCCAGCUGGGCUGGGAAGAAUGCUGCGACGCCGCCGUCUCCCACCUCUUGCGAACCUGCUUGUCGAGAAGCCCCAAAGACCAGGCCACAUCUUUAGCCCAGGCAGGAGGCCCCGAGCUUUGCCUCCCUCAGGACACCUCGCGCCUAAAGAGGCACAUCACUCUUCUUUGUGAUCGCAUCGGCAAAGGAGGCCGUCUCACUCUAUGCUCCGAAGCAAACGUCCAGGUUCCUGCCCAGGUCCAGAGUCUCGUCGCUCCCGGUGGUGUUGAGCCAAUAGCGGAAGUUGCUGGUGAAUGGGGGGAGGUGGAUGUCCCGAAAGAGACAACCAAGUUCAUCAAACAAAAGCAGCCAUCUAAGAAAGUCAAGAAAGAAAAAGAGUCAAAAGAGAAGAAAGAUGUGUCUCUGGAACCCUCUGAAGUGGCUGUGAGAGAAGAAGCAGAACGUCCAGGAGAGCCCUUAAAGGAGGCCAAAAAAGAAAAGAAAGAGAAGAAAGAGUCAAAGAAAGAUUCAAGCAAAGAGGCGAAAGAGCUCAAGGAGGAGUCCAAAAAGGAGUCCAAAAAGGAGUCUUCCAAGGAAAAGAAAGAGUCGAAGGAGAAGAAGGAAAGGGACAAGGACAAGGAAGCAAAAGAGGCUGUUAAGGAGUCAGGUGACAAAAAAGUGUCCAGGAAGUCGUCUGUGAAGGUUAAAGAGAAAAAGAAGGAGUCAGAGGCAGUGGAGGACUGAUGAAAUAAAAGAUUUGUUGUUUUGCUUACAGACACAAGCAGACAUGAUUGCACACGCAGAGCCUUCCACACAAAAAAUCAAUGUGCUGUAUGGUUUGAUGGACAGAGUACAAAGCACUCCGGGCCAUGGAACACGACACCCCUCACAUAUAUGUUUAUAUGUAAAUAUACUCCGCUAAGGUCAGACAUUGCAGAAAUCAUUUCCUCCCACAAGCAUGAUCCUUGUGCACACACGUGCACACUCCUCUGAACCACACUGCAUUCACUCAUUCGGUCUGUCCCUGGUGUCUGUGGUGAGGCCUGGACGCCUCUGAAUGAGAGAAGAAUUUUCCUCCUCCUCCUCUUUCUCAGACGUUUUGCUGACGCCCUUCUUCCUCCUCGUCUGCCUCAUCAGUACUUGAACCCACGACCAUGCACCUCCCUAAUCCCAGUAAGGCCCUGGCCUGGCCAGAGCCUCCCCCGCCUGUCCACCAAGAAUGGUGCUUUGCCUCCAGCCACCCGCCCCUGCUUCCGGGUAGCUGAAAGCAGCAUCCUACAGCUGCGGCCACAGCCCACUGUUGGUCUUUUUUUUUUUCUGGCUUUUUGCUUUUCCACGGACACACAAGGACACUCUUACUGGUGGACUCAUCUGUUUUGCAGAAGAAAACCUUGGGGGUUUUUCAGAGGAAAAUCUAAGUGACACGUCAUGCUUUUCUGAUUAUCAUCAAAAACUGCAUUUUUUUUUUUUUUAUAAUUCCUGAAUGUCAAUUUCAUCAGCAGAUGAACAUUUAGCCAUUCUGAAAGAAAAGUGGUCUCCUUCAGGAGCAAAUAAGUCAUGUUCUUUUUCAGAAGAAGCUGCACACGGACAAGUUAGUCUCUACUUGAACUGUUUAAGCCAAAAGACGAUUCUUUUGUUGGGAUCUUUUUAGGAUCAUUUCUCUUUAGUUUAUCUGUUUAAAAAAGCAAUUUGAAAUGGUAGCUUUUUGGAGAAAAAUGCAGAAAAUCUGAAGCUGUUCAUAAAUAUCUUCAAACUGGGUCACAUUUUCUCUACAAAGCUGUGACAUUAAAGAAGAUUUUUUGAUAAACACCUUCAGAUCCGGUGCUGCUGACAUUUUGAGCAAAACACUACCAGUUUAUGCACUAUCAAGAUAAAGUGGACAAAAAACACAUUCAACAAACAACAUUAAGACAAAUGUCUGUUUUUGUUACAAAUCAGAUUCUUGUUUUUUUCUUUUUUUUUCUAAUGAAGGCUAAGGUUUCAAAUGGACAAGUGCAGGAAGUUUGCACUUGUUCUGUCGGCUCAGAGGUGUGAAUACUUUAGCCAUAGAUGCCAUUGCCAGCAGGUCUGCAGGACUCUUCAUAGCUUCCCCUGCUCUCAGACAAGUUUUGUUUUAGCGCAGAUUGUGAUGCCAGUUUUCAGAAGCUGCUAUGGCCCUUGUUGUUCUCUACACUGUACUGUAGUUUUAAAUAAAAAUAAACUUUUUUUUUAAUUUAGAUAUUUUGUGAAUUAAGUGAAAGCAGCAGUUUAUUUGCCAAGACAUGUUGUUAGACUGGUCUGUCUGGUUGCAGGGGUUUCCAUUGGGCUCGGUGAGCUGCAGGUUUUAUUCUGAAUGUUUUUGUCAUGGAUUAAGUUGGUUAUUGUUGGAGUAGUGGUUUACAUUAAUCAAGAUCCUGAUUUGAGGCUGCACUUCAUUGCAGAAGACAUUGCCAACACUUAUUCUCCAACUUAUUCUUUGUGUCGGCGAGCAGCUCAAAGAAAAAUCUCCGAACACAAACAGAAGAUGAAAUGUAAAAAAUACAAAGAAAUAAAAUUAUGAAAAACA